AUGAUCACUCUGAAGACGCAGCCCGACGGUUCGCCACGGACCAGAAAACAGGCUGUUGGGGAGCCUUCAUCUUCCAGAAUUGUGCCUAAGCCGGUUCCGGCCUCCCAAGAAAAGGACCCCCGAGGAUAUCAGCUCGGCCAACUUCGACGGCGGUUCUCUCCCAAGGAGACUACUACCGAUGAUGGAACGACGUCUCUGAUAUUCAAAUUGAAGCCUUCCGACCCGGAUUUCCCCUUUGAACUUACUCAUCUUGAGUGUGAUGUACGCGUUCCUGCUAGCUAUCCGGAUGAAAGGCCGGAACUGCGAGUCAGGAAUAGUAACAUUCCUCGCGGGUUUGGCAUAAAUGUCGAAAGAGGAUGGGAUAGGCUGGCUUUGGAGAGAAAGGGGGCCACCAUUCUUUCCAUUGUUAAUGCUCUGGAUAAGAACUUGGAAAAGUUUCUCUCUGAGCAAAAGACCGAAACUGUCAAGUUGGUCGCCUUCAAGGACACGAGGCAUCUUGAUGCCGCUGCUUCUGCCAAGGCAGAACCAGAACCGGGUCCGAGUGAGCCGGUUAUGCCAAAGCCCGUUGUAAGGGCUUAUAUUCCCGAGGAGUCUUAUUCCAGGGAACAAAUUACAGAGGCCAAAACAAGGAGGGCGCAAGAGGUGCGCCAGCUUGAGGCGCGUAUGGGCAGAUUGCCCAGAUUUCGACGCUCUGCAGAUGGAAUCGUGUUUACAUUGCCUAUUGAGCCCAAAAGAAGGAAUGAACUCCCCCCUGGCCUUCAUUCCGUCAACAGCCUCCAUCUGAUUGUCCCGCUCUUGUACCCCCUGCAGGAUCUUAGAAUCCAGCUCAACGAGGCAGAGGGUGUUGACGCCGAGCCGGUCGAGGCAUUGUUUGCGGUCAAGGCGGCGGAACAAAAACCAAUGUCUCUCAUGAGCCAUAUGAACUAUCUUACUCAGAAUUUACACGCUCUCGCUAAGCAAGCCCAAGCUAUACAGCAAAAAGCUGAGGCUCAGAAGCAAGCGGAAACAGAACAGAAGGUCGCGGCCUCUGCUGCUGACGCGCCUGUCGCCGGCCCAUCUGGGAUAUCCCCCGAGGAGAGGAGCCAUGUCAAGGUCAUUCCACGGCCGCCAGAGUGGGACUUUGUGGAGGAUGACGAAGAUUCCGAAGAGUUUUGCUCUGGUACAUCAGACGAAGAAGGCGGUGUUAUUCUACGAAAGGCAGAUGCGGAGCCGGAACCAGUACAACAAAUUACAGAAGCUCAGGAGAAAGGAACCAUGAUGUCCUUCCCCUCCAUCGAGCUACAUGGCAUCGAAGUACUACAAGUUUCCAUCCUCAGCAUCAGCGUGAAAUGCGAACGCUGCAAAACAACAAACGACAUCACCGGUCUAAAACCAGGCACCGAGAAGAUGGUAAGCUGUAAAAAGUGCGCCACCCAACUCACAGCCAAGUUCAACCAAACCCUCGUUCACGAAAACUCGACCCGCGCCGGAUUCAUCGACAUGUCCGGAUGCAAAGUGGCAGAUAUGCUUCCGAGCACCUUUGUCCCAACAUGUGCGCGGUGCUCAACCGCCAGCCAGGGACUUGUAUCGGUCAGGGGUGAAACCAUGACCAACGUCUGCCGCGAAUGCCACGGCAAGUUCACAUUCAAGAUUCCCGAAGUCAAGUUUCUCUUCAUAUCGCCUGGAUCCCUGCCACCACCAACAGUCGGAUCUCGCCGGAAGACUGAGAAACUCGGUCUUCACGCGGGGGAACCGCUCCCAGAGAGAGGCGCCUGCGCUCACUACAAGAAGUCGUACCGUUGGUUCCGGUUCUCGUGCUGCAACCGCGUGCACCCGUGUGAUAAAUGCCACGACGGCGCGGAAGACCACGCCAACGAGUGGGCGAAUCGCAUGAUUUGCGGUUGGUGCAGCAGAGAGCAGAACUACAUGGUGGAGGCGUGUGGUUUCUGCGGACGAAGCGUCAUUGGGAAGAAGGGCCGAGGAUUCUGGGAAGGCGGUAAAGGCACGAGAGAUCAGAGGACCAUGAGUCGCAAGGACCCGAGAAAGUAUAAGCGACUUAGAGAUGUGAACAAGAAGGAGUGA